UGCAUUUGAAUUUUUGUCACGCAGUGGUGCUUUGCGACCCCUAGAAAGGCAAACACGCAAUUGGACUUUUGGUAACUCGCUUUUCGGUAUUUUGUCUACAUUCAACGGGUCUGCUGUGCACCAGAAGUGGUUUCCUGUGAUUUUCUCAUCUAAUGCAGCUUUUCGUGAACAACCCUUUUGGCACCACCUUCACCGUCGAGUUGUCCCCGCAGGACACAGUCGAUUCUCUCAAGAGCAGGGUUCUGGGGACCAUCAGCUCGUCGGAUUUCAAUACUGCAGAUCUGCGGUUGACCUUUGCUGGCCACAAUUUGGCUGAUCGUGCAACGCUUGCGAGCGCAAAUGUCUCCAGCGGGUGCACGCUGAGUUUUGACUUUCGCCUGAGGGGCGGAAUGCUUCCACAGCCAUGUCCGUUGUACACCCCUCAGGAAUUGGACGACAGAGCUACUCCUCAUCACAUGGAAAAGGGUGUAAUCAAUAUGACGCCUCCAGGCCAGAUCAUGAUCUCAAUCCGAAUGAUACCUGACCAAAAAUUGGAUAUCCUCGCGCUACCUGACAGCUCUGUUUUGUCCCUCAAACAUCAAAUCUCAGAGAGUAUUAAAGUGGAUGCUGAACAUCAGCGUCUGCUGUUUGCUGGGAAAGUGCUCCAAGACGACAAAACCCUCGAGAAUUAUGGUGUUGUAAACGAGAACGUAAUCCAGCUGGCUAUCCCGCCCACCCUUAAGGUUGCUGCAAAGACGAAACCUCAAAGGCUAAGACGAGGACAUGAACCGGAAGUGCAGAUAUUUGUCAAGAAUCUAAAUGGAAAGACGAUGACCCUGAUGAUCUCGCCGACGGACACAGUAGAAAAUCUGAUGAAGAAGGUCCAAGAGAGAACGAAUAUUCCACCUUCUGAACAGCGCAUCCUAUUCGGUGGGAAGCAACUCGAGCCCAGUAGGAUUUUAGCGGACUACAAUAUCUCGAAGGAGAGUACGUUGCAUCUUGUACUUCGUUUGCGAGGAGGAUUAUGAGGUGAAAGAUUGACGAGCAGCAUUACGUCUUGGUUUCCAUUUGAUCCCCGAAGUAUGAUACGCCACAUAGAUGCCAAUGUUUAGUGUAUGAUUAUGGCCAUGCAGACACUCAGGUAUUUAAUGCACAUGUAACAAGGCA